GAUUUUAAAUUUAUUUGGUGGUUGACAUAAGAACUAACCUCCGAAACAAACCUCUGUCAAUGCGGUACUGUCAGGUUCAGACCCAUUUUUAUAAAAAUAGUCAUUAAAACUCCGUUUUUAUAGGAAACUUUUUACUUGGAGUUAAGAAUAUCAUUAAAAAUUAACCACCACAUACAAAAUACUACGUGGCAAUGCCGUUAUCCUGUAGAUUUUAUAAAGAAAAGUAUCCGGAAGUGGAAGAUGUAGUAAUGGUAAACGUCCGUUCCAUAGCGGAAAUGGGUGCAUAUGUGCAUCUUCUAGAAUACAAUGACAUAGAAGGCAUGAUUUUACUUUCCGAGUUAUCGAGAAGACGUAUUCGUUCGAUUAAUAAAUUGAUUAGGGUCGGAAAAACGGAGCCUGUUGUUGUUAUUCGUGUAGAUAAACAAAAAGGGUAUAUUGAUUUAUCAAAACGUCGUGUUAGCGGGGAAGAUGUUGAAAAAUGUACCGAAAGAUUUGCUAAAGCUAAAGCUGUUAACUCGAUACUUAGACACGUUGCUGAAUUGCUUAAAUAUGAAACUGACGAACAACUUGAAGAGUUAUAUCAAAAAACUGCGUGGUAUUUCGAAGAAAAAUAUAAGAAAAAAGCUAGUGCUUAUGAUGCAUUUAAACAAGCAGUAGUUGAUCCUAGUAUUUUGGCUGAAUGUGGUUUAGAUGAAACAACAAAAGAUGUUUUGCUAAGUCAAGUUAAAAGGAAGUUAACAUCUCAAGCUGUUAAAAUCCGUGCUGAUAUUGAAUGUGCAUGUUAUGGUUAUGAAGGUAUUGAUGCUGUUAAAGCUGCUUUAACAGCUGGUUUAGGAUUGUCUACUGAAGAGCUACCAAUCAAAAUUAAUUUGAUUGCUCCACCUCGAUAUGUUAUGACAACAUCUACACCUGAAAAACAGGAUGGUUUAAAAAUAUUAACAGAUGCUAUUGAAGUAAUUAGAGUAAAAAUAGGCGAAUAUGGUGGUGUAUUUAAUGUACAAACACCUCCUAAAGUUGUUACUGCUACUGAUGAAGCAGAAUUAAUGAAGCAAAUGGAAAGAGCUGAAGCAGAAAAUGCUGAAGUAGCUGGUGAUGAUGAUAAUGAAGAUGAUGAAGAAGGCCAGGUGUUUAGUGAAGGUGAAAAUGCAGAAAACGGUGAAAAUUCUGAAGAGGACAAGUAAAGAAAUAGUUUAUAAAUUUUUUUUUUACAACUGGUUUAUGAUUGGCACUUAUGACCAUAAUAAAUAAGGAAAUAUGUAAUUGUAAAA